UCAAUCGUCAGUCCUCCUCCAGUCAAACAUCAGCGAUCCCCUUAGUAAAGUAUCAGUCAAAAAUUUACGAUUUUUCCCAGCCAAUGAAACGAGCACAAACACGGAACUAUUAUCACAUGGACUCAAUACAGAAGAGGUGCUAGCUGGUGUAAGGCAACUGAUAUAACACAAGAUGGAUGCAUCAAGUGAUAAAAUCCAGAGAUAUGAAAACUUGAAGAAGGAUUUUGAAAAAGGACUUCUAUCAAAACGAGGUUUUGACAGUAAGGUUAUAGCCUUAUUGGAAGAGAAAGACCAGGCAGAAGAAUUAACUAGAGAUGAUGUAAUCAAGUUCCUUUUUGAAAAAGGAUACACUCAAAAAGAAAUGGCAGGGAUUCUACAUAUAACGGAUCGUCAGAUACGGAAACAUCUACAGAGAUUAGAGUUAAGGAGACGGAGGGAUGACCGCCCCUUUGAGGCAAUUCUUGCAGCUGUGCAGAAAGAGCUUAAAAACUGGCCAGAAACAAAAGGCAUUCGGGCAAUGCACAGACGGGUGAGAGAUGGAGUUGGAGUGAGGCCCUGUUACAGAGAGGAUGUCCAUGCUAUAAUGCGUGUAUUGGAUGCUUCUGGGUUAGAGAAGAGGCGGCCAGGGCGAUGCCAUAUUCCAAGGAGGCAGUACAAUGCCAAAGGACCAAACUAUGUUUGGCACAUCGAUGGCAAUGACAAGUUGAGGUUCUACGGGAUAUGGCUUCACCUUUGUAUUGAUGGGUACUCAAGACGUGUGAUUUGGUUACAUGCAGGAACUUCAAACCGCAAACCUGAGUUUGUUGGGAAAUAUUUUCUGGAUGCAACUAUCAAAGAGCAUGGCUGUCCCAACCUUGUUCGAUCUGACCGAGGAACUGAAAACUCUGUGGUGGCUGUUAUUCAGAUUGCUUUCCGUUCACGCGCAACGGACAGUCUGAGCGGUGACAAGAGCUUCAGGUAUGGGAAGUCAGUACACAACCAGCGUGCUGAAGCUUUCAACAGUGUGCUGAAAAGAUCAUGGAUUUUUCACUGGCAAAGCUACUUUGAGUCCAUGCAGGUUACUGAUUUGUUGGACAUAUCUAAUCCUAUACACAUCCACUUGGUCCAAUACUGCUACCUCACACUUGUUGAGAAGCAGCUUCAAACAGAACAGAACGAAUGGAAUGACCACAUGAUCCGGAAGCAAGUUGGAGCAGCUGGGCCUUUUGGAAAACCAAACAUCAUGUAUUUCACACCUACCACUGGAACACCGAAUCUGCUUUGUCCAGUGGACAGAGACCUGACACACUAUGCCGCAACACUGGUGUGUGAAGAUGGAGCAGCACUGCUGGUUGCUAAUGAAGCUUUCCGAACACUCUGCCACAGAGUUCUUGCUCGUUCUGCUCUCCACAUUGACCACAUGUGUGUAGAGCGGUCGAUGGCUGCAUAUGUGUGCCUGAAGAACUUUUUCUUAGAAAAGUUGAUUGAUCUUUCAGUUGAUCAUCCUCAAAAUUUUGAAGAGGCUUGCCUUUUUUAUAUUACCAUUUAGGGUCCUUACAAUGAAUUAAUAUUAAGGACCUAGUAAGGUGUAGGCCAAACCAUUGUCAUCAGAACCUGACCUACUGUGUUUUUGGGUCAUUUACCUGUUUUUUCACAUCUUUUGCCAGCCUUUACCUGCGCAGUAGCCUGCCUCUAUUCUUUGGAUUUAGACCUAUAGCCUGCCAGACUAUUUUGCCUGGCUGCUGUUUUUGUCUUAUUGCCUCAAAUAAAACCCUUUUAUGCUCUACGCAUGCAUCUAUA